AUGCGUCGCGCUGUGGUUCAGAACCUGCGCGCAGUUCGCCGCCCAAACGUCUCUCGAUCAAAGGUCACCGGCAAUGUCGUCUUCCACCGCUCGCUAGCCACCCGCUCAUCCACCGCCCCCUCAUCUAUGCGCCUUCGCCGUGUUUCCCUGGCCGUCGGUGCCGUUGCUGCCGGAGGUGCUGCUCUAUACCAAUACCGCCAGUCCUCCUCUUCGACCGCUGCUUCUGCUGCCUCCGCCUCGCCUACAAACCACGCAUCUGCUCCGGCCCCCGGCACCACUGGUCCCGUGUCAGAAGAAGUCGCCGAUGCCGUACGCCGCGCCCUCAUAGUCGAGCAAGGCGCGCUCUACACCAGCGUCAUUCCCGACAACCAGCCUCUGCACAAGGAGACGGACGACUACGGUCGCAAGGUCCUUGAAAUGCUGACUGCAGAGCAAGCCACCCAGAAGCUGAGGACCAACCAGGAGUCUUAUCUGGUUGGUCGCGGUUCUGGUGUCGUUCGCUACGAUGUCGUUCAGAUCCCUAGCAACGAUCCCAUCGAGGACGACCAUGCCGAAAAGAUCAUCCACGUUCCUGAGUCGGUUUCUGGUCAGACCGAAGGCAGCGAUUGGAUGUUCUGGGGUGUCUUUGACGGUCAUGCGUACGCCUACCCAAUUGCUCGCCUACCGUUGUCAUUUACUAACACCCGAAUCACAGUGNGCUGGACCACAUCUGCCAAACUCCGCCAGACCCUCAUCUCCUACGUCGCUCGCGAAUUGAACACAACCUACACAGCCGCUUCCGCAAACUCGUCCUUGAAACCUCCUCCUCCCGACGCCGUCGACGCCGCCAUUAAGAAGGGCUUCACUUUGCUUGAUCACGAAAUCACCCACGAGAGUGUGAAGAAGGUCCAGACUGCAAAGUCGAGGUCGUUGGCUGCCGAACUUCUUGCUCCUGCCCUCUCCGGUUCAUGCGCUCUGCUUUCCUUCUACGACAGUCGCACCAAGGAGCUCCGCGUUGCUUGCACUGGUGACUCGCGUGCCGUUCUGGGCCGUCGCGGCACCAGCGGCAAAUGGACUGCAACGGCCCUCUCUGUCGACCAGACCGGUGGAACUGAUUCCGAAAAUGCUCGUCUGCGCAAGGAACACCCCAACGAGCCCUACGUUACCCACAACGGCCGUAUACUCGGUGGUCUCGAGCCCAGUCGUGCUUUUGGUGAUGCCGUCUACAAGUGGUCAAAGGAGACUCAAGAUCUCCUCAGGAAGAACUUCUUUACUCGCUCCUACUCCAAGUACCUGAAGACGCCUCCAUAUGUCACUGCCGAGCCUGUCGUCACUACUACAAAAGUCCAACCUGAAAAGGGCGAUUUUGUUGUCAUGGCCACUGAUGGACUCUGGGAGAUGCUCACAAACGAAGAGGUCGUCGGUCUGGUCGGCAUGUGGCUUGAUCAGCAGAUGCACCCUGCCCCUCAACAGAAUCAGUCGUGGCUCAAGUCGUGGUUCAGCUCCAACAAGGCAGCCUCUGCUCUCAAUGUAGAAGGUGCUUCUCAUGGAGAGGAUGCCACCGGCCAGCGUGCUCCUAUCCGUCAACAGCAGUGGGGUGUAAACGAUCCCGAGUUCCAGCGCUUUGUCGUCCAAGACAAGAAUGCCGCAACCCAUCUCGCACGCAAUGCUCUUGGCGGCAAGGACACAGACACCCUAUCCGCUCUACUGACUCUUCCCAGUCCUUAUUCGCGCAGAUACCGCGAUGAUCUGACUAUUGAAGUCAUCUUCUUUGGUGAGGGCGGACCAGAGAGAACGGGGAGAGUGGAGUUGAACAAGGAGGCAUCGGCACUUAGUCCCGAAGGCGUCAAGCCCAAGCUUUGA